UCCCUCCGCACUCCGCUCCACGGCCCCCUGCCUCAUGGCUCUCGCGCGAACCCUCCCGCUCCCGCACCUCGCUCCGGCCCCGGCCUCGCCCGGCCGCCUCCGCGGCUGCAUCCGCGUCCUCCCCGCAUUGUCCUCCCAGGCGGGCGCACCCCCCGCGGCGCGAGGGAUCGCCUGCCGCUCCUCGAAGGCGACGACGAUGACGACAACGGCGGCGGAGGUGGCGGCGGUGGGCGUCGGGGAGGAGCUUCCCGAGGGGUACGAGCAGAUGAUGCCGACCGUGGAGGAGUCCCGGCGGCGGCGCGCGGGCGUGCUGCUGCACCCGACGUCGCUCCGCGGCCCGCACGGCAUCGGCGACCUCGGCGACGAGGCGCUCGCCUUCCUCCAUUGGCUCCGCGACGCCGGAUGCACGCUCUGGCAGGUUCUUCCACUUGUUCCUCCUGGAAGAAAAUCCGGGGAGGAUGGUUCUCCUUAUUCAGGACAGGAUGCAAACUGUGGUAAUACCCUAUUGAUUUCUCUUGAAGAGCUUGUAAAAGAUGGGCUCUUGAUGGAAGAUGAACUUCCUGCACCCUUGGAUGUGGAAUAUGUUGAAUUUGACACUGUUGCUAAUCUGAAAGAACCUCUUAUUGCAAAGGCAGCAGAGAGGCUCCUACUGAGUCAUGGAGAGCUCAGAAUGCAGUAUGACGAAUUCAAGAGAAAUCCAGAUAUUUCAGGCUGGCUUGAAGAUGCUGCACUAUUUGCUGCUAUUGACAAAAGCAUUGAUGCAUUGUCCUGGUAUGAGUGGCCUGAACCACUGAAAAAUCGCCAUCUUGGAGCCUUGGAAGACAUAUAUCAAAAACAGAAAGACUUUAUCGAGAUUUUUAUGGCACAGCAGUUCUUAUUUCAAAAGCAGUGGCAACGUGUUCGUACACAUGCACAGAAGCUGGGCAUCAGCAUAAUGGGCGACAUGCCUAUUUAUGUUGGCUACCACAGUGCAGAUGUUUGGGCAAACAGGAAAUCAUUUUUGCUGGACAAGAAUGGUUUCCCCACAUUUGUUAGUGGUGUUCCACCUGAUGCAUUUAGUGAAACUGGUCAGCUAUGGAACAGUCCACUGUACGACUGGAAAUUUAUGGAAGCUGAUGGUUUUACAUGGUGGGUAAAGAGGAUUAAACGUGCCCUUGAUUUGUACGAUGAGUUCCGUAUAGAUCAUUUCCGGGGACUUGCUGGUUUUUGGGCAGUUCUGUCUGACGCAGAAGUAGCGAUGGUUGGAAGCUGGAGGGCUGGACCGAGGAAUGCCUUUUUUGAUGCGCUCUUCAAAGCUGUUGGUAGAGCAAAUAUAAUAGCAGAAGACCUGGGCGUGAUAACUGGAGAUGUUGUUGAGCUAAGGAAAUCUAUUGGGGCUCCUGGAAUGGCAGUUCUUCAGUUUGCUUUUAGCGGUGGUUCUGGCAACCCCCACUUGCCUCAUAACCAUGAACUGAAUCAAGUUGUAUACACUGGGACACAUGAUAAUGAUACGGUUGUUGGCUGGUGGAAGAGUUUGCCAGAGGAAGAGAAGCAGACUGUGCUCAAGUAUCUACCAGAGGCCAGCAAGACUGAUGUCUCGUGGGCACUAAUUACUACUGCCCUCUCUUCGGUUGCGAGGACUUCCAUGGUAACCAUGCAGGACAUACUUGGCCUCGACAGUUCUGCUAGGAUGAAUACUCCAGCUACACAGAAAGGAAAUUGGAGAUGGAGGAUACCAAGCUCCGUCAGCUUUGACAGCCUUAACCCUGAAGCAGCAAAACUGAAGGAGUUGCUUGCAUUUUACAGCCGGCUGUGAAGUUCCCAGUUCUCCAGUACUAUUCUCUGUCGCUUGAGGCUCGGAACUGUUGGAUGUUUCCAUCAUAAAUUAGCAGCCAAAGUAACAUCAACGAUUUGGUUGCUAUCAUCUCCCCUGAUAUUGGCACCUGUGCGCGAAUAACAGGGGUCGCACCAUGUUUUCAUCGGUUGCAAACUUGCAUGCUUCAACUUGAAGAUCUUGCAGGUUUACAACUGGCUAUUCCAUAAUACUAAUAAAGGUUGCCUUACAUAAAAAA